AUGAAGUUCAACCCUAGCUUCACCGCCUUCGUUGUCGCCUCGGUGGCUACUGCGCACCUUUCGGGCGCUGCCCCCAUCGGCAACUCUGACGUCUCGCAGUCCAACACGCAGACGACUCAGCAGCAGGGCUCGGGCGAGCACGUGCUGCAGAGCGCCAAGCCGCUCCAGACUAACGACCAGGGUGUCAAGAUUUCUUCUGACAACGGCUUCAGGCCGGUCUUUUUGCCUCCCCCUGCUCCUGAAGCCCAAGCUCCGGCCCCGGCCCCAGUUCCUGCUGCUGCUGCCCCGGCUCCGCCUGCUGGCCCCGCUGCCGUUUCGUCGUCCUCGUCGACUUCUUCUUCCAACUCCAACGGCGGCUCUUCCAACGGCGGCGGAAACACCGGCAAUGUGAUUAACAUUCCCAUCCUCGACCACAACGCCGCGAACCUGCAGGCUGCCAGCGCUGGAAACCAGGGCAUCCACACGCGUGACACUGGUAACAUCAUCAACAUCCCCCUCCUCAACUCGAACGCUGCCGAGCUCUCUGCUCUGUCUGCCGGCGACCAGGAGAUCAAGCGCAGCCUCUUCAACGCCGGUUCCGCCGGUGGCCAGUACGGCUCGGCUGACGGCUACGGCGGUUCGUCCCUGCAGGGCCAGUCCAACUCGCCCGUGCUCAGCGGUUACGGCAACUCGCUCACCGCCGGUGGCGCUCAGGGUGCCCAGAACAACGGCCAGGGCGGCAAGGUCACCCAGGAGCUAUUGCAGAAGUUCGAGGACGGUCUUCUCAAGCGUCAGAUCCUUGGCAACAAGGGUCUCCAGGGUGCCGGUGCCAACGGCUACGGUGGCUCUUCGCUCCAGGGCCAGAGCAACCUCCCCGUGCUCUCGGGCUACGGCAACUCGCUCACCUCUGGUGGUGCCGAGGGUGCCCAGAACGACGGCACUGGCGGCCAGAUCCAGCAGGGUCUUAAGCAGGUCACGUCGAUUGGCGGCGAUCUGCUCAAGCGUCAGCUUCUUGGUAACAAGGGCAAGCAGUCCGGCUCCGCUGACGGAUUCGGCGGCUCUUCGCUCCAGGGUGCUCACAACUCUCCCGUCCUUUCGGGCUACGGCAGCAGCUUGACCGCUGGCGGUGCUCAAGGCGCCUCGAACAACGGCCAAGGUGGACAGGUUGCCCAGCAGCUUGACCAGCUGCACAGCAUCGGCGGUGGCCUUCUCAAGCGCCAGCUCCUUGGCAACAAGGGCAAGCAGUCCGGCUCCGCUGACGGAUUCGGCGGCUCGUCGCUCCAGGGUGCUGCCAACCUUCCCGUCCUUUCGGGCUACGGCAACAGCUUGACCGCUGGUGGCCCCCAGAGCGCCUCGGACAAUGGUCAAGGUGGAUCCGUUGCUCAGCAGCUCGACCAGCUCCACAGCAUUGGUGGCGGUCUCCUCAAGCGUCAGAUCCUUGGCAACAAGGGUGGCCAAGGUGCCUCUGCUGACGGCUUCGGUGGCUCUUCUCUGCAGGGAGCUUCCAACCUUCCCGUCCUUUCCGGAUACGGAAACAGCUUGACCGCUGGUGGCCCUCAGGGCGCUUCCAACAACGGUCAGGGUGGCAACAUCGCCCAGGAGCUCAGCCAAGGCUUGGGAAUCCUCAAGCGCCAGAUCCUUGGUAACAAGGGUGGCCAGGGUGCCUCCGCUGACGGCUUCGGUGGAGCUUCUCAGCAAGGCGCUGCCAACCUUCCCGUGCUUUCUGGCUACGGCAACUCGCUCACCGCUGGCGGCCCUCAGGGCGCUUCCAACAACGGUCAGGGAGGCAAUGUCGCCCAGCAGCUCGGCCAAGGUCUGGGAGUUCUCAAGCGUCAGAUCCUUGGCAACAAGGCUGGUCAGGGUGCCUCUGCCGACGGCAUUGGUGGCUCGUCGCUGCAGGGAGCUUCCAACCUCCCUGUUCUGUCGGGCUACGGCAACUCGCUCACCAGCGGUGGAGGCCAAUUCGGCCAGAACAACGGCCAGGGUGGAGACAUCCAGCAGCAGCUCGGCCAGAAGCUUGGAAUCCUCAAGCGUGGCCUGCUCGAGUCCGCUGGUCAGUUUGGUAGUGCCGACGGCUACGGUGGCCAGUCCGCCCAAGGCCAGUCGAACAAGCCUGUCGUCUCUGGCUACGGCAACUCGGUCACCACUGGCGGUACUCAGGGUGGCGAGAACGACGGCAAGGGCGGUGACGUUGGCCAACAGAUCCUCCAGGGUGUUGGCCUGCUCAAGCGCCAGUACGGCAACCUCGGAUACCAAGGUGCCGGCUCCAACGGCUACGGCGGUAGCAGCCUUCAGUACCAGGCCAACCGCCCCGUUGUGAGCGGCUUUGGCAACUCGGUCACCACCGGUGGCCCUCAGGGCUCGGCCAACAACGGCCAGGGCGGUCAGAUCCAACAAGGCCUCAAGCAAUUCUUCCAGCGCCGCCAGUACCAGGGCGUCGGCCAGGGUGUCGGCCAGGGCAUCCACCAGUCGGCCUCUGCCAACGCUCACGGUGGAAACGCCUACAUCUCGGGCGCCAACGGUCCCGUUUGGAUCGACAGCUCUGCCGUUGCUGGCAAGAUCAACCAACAUGCCAGCGGAUACCAAGACGGUGCCCAGUCGGCUACCGAGGGUCUGCAGCAGGACUACCUGAACCAUUACUGGGCUCGUAAGCUGCAGAACCUGAGCCAGGGUACUGCUCAGGGUGUCACUCAGGUUGGCCACGCUGAGGGUCACGGUGGCAACGCCUACCUGGUCGGUGCCAACGGUCCCGCCUUUGUCAAGAACGCUGGUGUCGCCGGCACUGUCGACCAGGACGCCAACAGCCUGCAGCACUCUCAGCAGAGCGGCACUACCGGCUUUGGCCAGCAGUACGGCAACUUCUACGGCCGCCGCAGUGCCAUCCAGGGUACGGGACAAAAGACGUCCCAGGUCACUGCGCAGCACGGCUCGGCCGACUCGCGCGGUGGCGAUGUUGCCGUGAUUGGCCACAACGCCGGUCCUGGUGCCGUCAAGAUCGACGCCUCGAGCCAGGGUGGCAACGUCGACCAGACCGCCACCAGCAACCAGAAGAGCGACCAGAAGGCCUACGAGGCUUCGCAGGACGAAUACCUGAACCAUUUCUGGGCUCGUCACGUUGGCGACGUCGACGCUCUCGUUCAGAGCAACGCUCAGAACGUCAGGGUCAACGCUGAUGCCUCGCCUAAGGUCAACUCGGAUUACGUUUGGACGCACCACCCUGACACUUUCACCAGUGCCGGACCCGUCAACCAGGUGGUCGACAUUGCGCAGAAGAACGCGCAGGUGGCUAACCUCAAUGACCACACCACCACCCUCAACGCGCGCUACAUCCCCGCUGCCCUCUCCCAAGGCAGCCAGCUCGCAAACGCCGACUCUCACGGCGGUAGCUCCUCGUCGUUUGAGACCAACGACAAGGUCGUCGGCGGCAGCGGCAUCACUUCCACCCUCGGCGGUCCCCAGUACAGCAACGGCGACGCUGUUGGCGGCGACAUCAGCCAGCUCCUCCACCUUUAA